AUGCUGUUGUCAACAGUGCUGCGUCGGCCCAAGCUGCGCAUGAGUGCACUGGCCAGGGAGAUGAACACGCUGCGCCGUGGAGUGCUGGAGGAGCUGCGGGGCACCGUGCAAGAGGUUGGCACGGUUCUCCUGGACUUGUACCACAGGUGGGUGGCUGUUUGUCUGGACGUGAACCACAGCUGGGUGGCUGUUUGUCUGGACGUGAACCACAGGUGGGUGGCUGCUGGACAUGAACCACAGCUGUGGGACGUCAUAUCAAGCCCUGCCAUGCCCCCUGCCAUGCCCCCUGCCAUGCCCCCUGCCAUGCCCCCUGCCAUGCCCCCUGCCAUGCCCCCUGCCAUGCCCCCUGCCAUGCCCCCUGCCAUGCCCCCUGUCAUGCCCCCUGCCAUGCCCCCUGCCAUGCCCCCUGCCAUGCCCCCGGCCAUGCCCCCUGCCAUGCCCCCUGCCAUCCUCCUGCCAUGCCCCCUGCCAUGCCCCCUGCCAUGCCCCCUGCCAUGCCCCCUGCCAUGCCCCCUGCCAUCCUCCUGCCAUCCCCCUGCCAUCCUCCUACCAUGCCCCCUGCCAUGCCCCACCCCACUCUGCAGGGUGCGAUCAGAGUUUUGCGACCAUCUGUGGGACGUCAUGGGUGCGGCAACCUUCUGGUACACCAGCACCGAUGCCUACUUCAUUCCCUCUCUCUACUACAUCCCCUCCUUCGCUGCACGGCUGAACGAGCUCUUCCCAGAUGGCCGCGUGUACACACAUGUGGCACGCUACCUGCUGCACCCAGAUAACCAACUAUGGGACGGAAUCACAGCCAAAUUCCACGUCAACCUUGCCCAAUUCCCCCACCGCCUGGGGGUUCAGGAGUUCUCUGCCUGCGAGGAGUUUUCUGCCUGUGAGGAGUUCUCUGCCUGUGAGGAGUUCUCUGCCUGUGAGGAGUUCUUUGCCUGUGAGGAGUUCUCUGCCUGUGAGGAGUUCUCUGCCUGUGAGGAGUUCUCUGCCUGUGAGGAGUUCUCUGCCUGUGAAGAGUUCUCUGCCUCUGAGGAGUUCUCUGGCUGUGAGGAGUUCUCUGCCUAUUCGGUCGCCAUAUGCAAACAAACUGCCAGUGGCCCAUCGUGUGCUCGACUGCGCUAUCAACAUCUCUCACUACCUGCCGCCCACCACCCCUCUUGCACCACUCCCCACCUUUUACUCCGCUCCCCAACUUUCACUCUUCUCUCUCCCUUCUACUCUGCUCCCAACCCCUUGCUCUGCUCCCCACAUUUUACUCACCUUCCCAACUUCUACUAUGCACCCCACCUUUUACCCUACUCCCCACCCCGUUCUCUUCUCCCCACCUUUCAACCUACUCCCCACCCCGUUCUCUGCUCCCCACCUUUCAACCUACUCCCCACCCCGUUCUCUGCUCCCCACCUUUCAACCUACUCCCCACCCCGUUCUCUGCUCCCCACCUUUCAAUCUAUUCCCCACCCCUUUCUCUGCUCCCCACCUUUCAACCUAUUCCCCACCCCGUUUUCUGCUCCCCACCUUUCAACCUACUCCCCACCCCGUUCUCUGCUCCCCACCUUUCAACCUACUCCCCACCUCGUUCUCUGCCCCCCACCUUUCAACCUACUCCCCACCUCGUUCUCUGCUCCCCACCUUUCAACCUACUCCCCACCUCGUUCUUUGCUCCCCACCUUUUUCCGCGCUGUCCACUUUUCGUCUGUACUUAGGUGUGACUGCCUUGUGAACAUGUCGUUCGAUUCCAUCUCCCCGCUUGACACCUACCAUCAGAACGCAUCACGGGCAAAAGCACGUGAAUCACCAUACGAGAAGAUGGGGGUGUUUGUGUCGUCUCUCAACAUUCACCACUUGGUGGAUCUGCAGCACCACUACCUACACAGCCACGUGCAGGGCAGCAGUCACGUUGGCUUCUGGACGAUCACCAAUGAAGAGGCAGAGAAACAUGACGAGGGGCAGAUGGUAUCAGCUGUCUUGGACAUGUGGCUGCUGAGCUUCUG